CGCCAAUAUCAGAUUUGUCGCAGUGGGUUGGUAACGUUGAAAAACAACCAAAGCUCACGUGGGCGUGUUGUGCGAACUGGUGCAAACGGAGCAUCAACCUGGGCACGUUGUUUAUCUAGACCUGUGGUGUCUUCCGAUUCGCGAGUCGAAGGACUUGCAGUCGCCGCUGCCAUUGAGGUGUAAAAUUGAAGUUCCUCAUUGUGACAUUCGUCUCGUGUGAUGAUCAGUGUAUGAAAAGUCACUGAUUUAUAUUCAAAAUGGUUCUGAAGAAAAGAAAUGCAACAAACAUUGUGGAUGAGGAGCCUAAGAAAAAGCGGAAGGAUGAAAAAGUAGAGGAAUCACCAGGAAAGAGAUCACAUAAGAAAAAAGAAUAUGUUGUUAAAGUUAAAGAUGUUAUAUCUGAAGAUGAAGAAGAAGAGGAAGAGGAGGAGGAGGAAGAAUAUGAGGAAGAGGAUUUGGAUGAUGAAGUCCCCUCCGACUUGGACAUGAGAGAAGAAGCAACAGGGGGAACAGAGUGGCCACAAGCUGAUUUGUUGGAGCUAUUCAAUAGAAUGGAAAAUCACAUCCCAAACAAUGAUGCACUUAGCUUCCCCACCCGUGCAGAUCGCUUGGACUGGGACGAGAUUGCUUUCAACAACUAUCAACCUGGUGACUGCAAGAAAACGUGGACUGAAAUUUCAAAGAAAAUUCGGAAGUUUCGAUUGCUUAGGGAGGUCCUUGGUGAUGCACGAGAAUGGGCCCGAAAACCAUGGACUAAUUUCUACAGCAAGCAGAAUUUACAUCCAGACAUGCCUCGUCGUCCUCUUACUCAAUUUAUGGUAUAUUAUAUGGAAAAGAAGGAUAAAGUUGCUGCUCAACACCCAAAUCUCAACUUGAUGAGGGUGUCACAGAUAAUUUCUCGAAUGUAUGCGUCCCUUUCUGAUGAGAAGAAAGAGGCAUAUGCUGCCAAAGCGGCUGCCCUACGUGAAGACUAUGAGGAAAAGUUAAAAAUUUUCUACGAAAAACAUCCUGAGUACAAAGAAAUUGAAAAACCUAUGAGAAAACCUCUUGCCCGUACAGGGCUUCCAGGCGGUAUGAAGAAACCAAGAACUCCACAACAGAUGUUUAUAGAUGAUAGACUUGAGAAAAAGAAAGAUGAACCUCAUUUUGACAAAAAUCAAGUUACACUUAACGCGAAAGAGCAGUGGAAAAACCUCUCGGAAAAGAAAAAGAUGGUUUGGAUUACUUGGGCUUUAGAAGAGGAGGCUAAGUAUCUGGAAACUAUUAAAAGUAUCAUGGCUGAAAAUCCUAGUUUUGAACCACCAACAUAUAAACCAGUUUUAAAAAAAGAAGAAGUAAAACUCAAACAAAGGCUCUCAGGCAAACCACAGAGGCCACCUAAUUCUGGAUACUCCCUUUAUUCAAGAAUAAUGCUUGGUAAAUGUGAAAAAUUAAGACAGUUAUUACCUAAAGAGAGAAUGAGAGAAAUUUCAAUUAAGUGGCAUGCUAUGACAGAUGCAGGAAGAGAGGAAUAUGCAAAGAGGGUGAAAUAUGAACAAGAGCAAUACAAAUUAAAUUAUGCCACUUACCUUGAGUCACUGCCUGAAGAAGAAAGACAAGAGGAGCUGAUGAAAACACAAACAAAGAAGAAAUCAAAAGAUGAAGUUGUAGUUAAUAAUGGAAAAAAAUCUAAUGAAGCCAAAUCUCAAAAAUCAAGUAAAAAGCCUGUUAAAGUUGAAAGACUAUAUUUCCCUGGUGAACCUCAGCAACCUCCUGUGAAUGCAUAUGAUCUAUUUGUUGAAUCAUUUGUGUCUGACACUAAAUUAUCAGCAACAGAAGCCCCAAGGUUUUGGGAAAUGCUCCCUAGUUCUGAUAAAGCUAAAUUCCAACGCAAACUAAAGGAACUCAAAGAGAAAUACAUAAAGGAUUACAAAAAGUUUUUAAGGUCAUUAGAUGAAGAUGAAGUAUCCAAGUAUAAUGAACUUCAAAAACGCAACAAAGAACUAGAAGCCGAAGCCCAAAAAGACAAAGAUAGUGAUAACGAAGAAGAAAUUAGUGAGGAAAACGAAGCUUCAUCAGAUGAUGAACAAUAUGAAGAAAGAAGUAAUAAUAUAGCUAAACAAAAUGCAAAUGCAAAUGAAAAUGAUAAUGAUAGUGACUCCGAUGAGAAAGAAGAGAAGAAGUCUGAUUCCUCAAGUGACAGCAGUAGUAGUAGUAGCGACAGCAGCAGUUCUGAUUCUGAUUCUGAUUCAUCCAGUGACGACUCAGAUGAAGAAAAUGAUGAGAAGAAAUCUGAGAAAACUAAUCCCAAGAAAGCUAAUUCAGACAGUGAUAGCAGUGAUGAUGAAUAAAUUCCUUUCAUCUUUCAAUUACAAGUACAUGACAUACGUGUUGUCUUCAGUAAGUUUAUAAAUAGCUGUUUAUGUGACUUCAGAUUUUUUCCAUGACCUCUUUUUUAUCCUAGAAAAAAUAAAUUUUUUUGUGAAGAUUUUUAUUCUGUUGACUGUUGGUAGUUAUAUGUGCGUCUUAAAUUGUCAGGCUGAUCAAUUGUUUAUUCUUCACCGUAACUCAUUGUAUGUGAGAUACAUAUAUGUUAUGUAAUGACUUAGAAAUUCAAGGCAGGGAAUUAAUUUUCAAUUGCAGUAAAGCACUAGGAAAUGUACAAAGACACUUUGUGUCAUGCAGAAUAUGUGCCAUUCUAUAAAAAUGUUAUUACAUUUUUAAUUAUUUGAAAUGCACAUUCCUGCUGGUAUUGAUAUUGAUGGCUGUAUGUGUUUGAUUCUAAGUUUUUCUUCCAAUCCUCCUGUAUCUCCUUUAUUUCACUGGGCCAUUGGGAGGAUAUUGGGUAAUAAUUUUUAUUUUCUACCAGUGAAAAGUUCUAUUUUUUCUUUUUUUUUUAUUUUUCAUUUCACGAUUCAUCCAUGUACUUACAUUAUUGAAAUCUGAACUACAUGAUUUUUCUUUCAAUUGUUUUUACUUAUAAGUUCAUUUGCUGGAUUGUCUCACAUACCUUUUUUAAGUUUUUUGUUUUUAAGUCGCUUUUUUCAAUUGUUUUAGCUUUUUGCUAUUCAAAGCGCCUUUGUAAAUAACUGACUCGCUGUGGUUGCAUAAGUACAUUACGACUUGGCCAAAGAGGCUGUUUGUGUUUAUUUCAUACUCACCACCUCUUGUAUGUCUCAUUCAUUAGUGGGCCAGAGGGAAAUCAUUCUCAACCCAACCAUAUACACCCUAUAAUCAUUACUGAAGAGUACAGGUGGUAACAGAGUAAAGGUAGAAUGAUAAAAAAAUUGUAUGUUGAAAACAGUCAUGUGACAUGUGUUUGUUGUGCACACAAAGUCAUUGUCAUUAAAAUCCUACUUUGUGUGUCUACAGAUUGUUAUACCUAACUGACAAUUGAUAUUCAUUUGUAGUAUAGGGCAGUGAGCGUAAAUGGGGUUGGUGUGAAAAGAAGAAGAAAAAGCAGACGUGAACAUUAUUGACAGGACAUUGGGUGCACAACAGUCAACUAACGCAACUCUUACAAGCAAGUAAAGAGGACAAUUUAUACUCUAGAGAAAAAGCGAGGGGAAAAAACACCACUAUGCUCAUAGCUCUGUUGGUAUUUUGAAUAAUCUUUGUAAUCUCAUUUGUAUUACUCUAGAGGAUUCAUAGGAAAUUACUCUGUGGUUUCACUGCCAUUUUCUCAUGUCUUUUGACAUUCCAUGGUAAUUGCGAGGUUGAUUCACAAGACUGUCAGUUAUUAGAGCCUUGGAGAUAUUAUUGAGUACCUCCUUUCAAUCAAGGUCAAUUUUAGUAAGUUUUAAUUGAUUGAUGAAAUAUAUAGCUUCCCCUCUUGAUUUCUUUCAUGUUAAAUUAAAUAACAUUGGAAGUAAGUGCAGUAUUUUUGCUCAUUUUAUGUUUAUAAUCAUGAUGUGUCAUCUCCCUUGCAAUUAUAUUCUGCUUCCUUAAAAUUAGUUUGUCUGUUGGCUAUGUUAAUUCUAGUCUGUUACAUGGUUUUGCUGGGUGUAAAUCUUGUUCUGUCCCAAGCAAUGUUAGAGCUUAUUAGCUCCUUUGUUUCGUCUUGUCAUUAAUGUGUUGUGGUCUGCAUGCAGCCAAUUUUAUUAUUAAAGAAGUAAACAUUCA